AUGUGGCCUUAUGAUCAGCCAUCUCAAUCGAUGAAAUUUCGUCUACGAGUACAGAAUGCAUCAGCAUUUCAAUUUUUAAAAUUUGUUGAUCUUGUCAAAUUGAAAAAUCUUUGUGAAAAUAUGACAACAAUUCAAUGUCUAUAUUAUCUCCAUCGAAAUCAAACCGAUUAUUUACAACCACUAUCUGCCGAUGAAACACGACUAUUCAAAGAAACUUAUUGUACAGAAAACAAUAAAGUGUUAUUUCAUACGUUUUGGGGCAAAACUCGUUUUUUAAAUAAUCAGAUUCUUCAAGUGCAUAUUCUUUCGUUUUUAUACACACAAAAUUUGCAAUGUUCUCGUCUGAUUGUUUGGUUAUGGCCACCGUUGGAUUCUCGUAUCAAGCAAUUGUACGAUCAGUUGUACGCACCUCAUGUAGAAUUUCGAACAACCAUGUCUGUCGCCGAGAAAUUACGUGAAAUUGACAUCUAUGUCGGAUCCCAUUGGAGUGGAUUACCUUGGCGAUGGUUCAUACCAUAUCGUGCUUUAUUCAGCGAUGUUUUGCGCUUCAUUAUUUUACAUGAAUUCGGCGGUAUAUACAUCGAUGCCGAUGCUUUGUUACUUCGAGAUCUGCAACCAUUUUUUUCAUAUGAAUUUGGCUAUCGCUGGUCGUUUUUAAACGGUUUCAAUACGGGAGUUCUUCGUCUCUUUGCUAAAUCGAACGUCAGUUCCAUUAUUAUUAAUCGUGCUCGUCAGACCAAAUCACCGUACGAAUUCUUUCCAUCGAGUUUAGAAAAAAGACAUUCAUUACCAGCCAAUUUUUAUCGUUUGCCAAGUGCUUUUUUCGAUCCGAUAUGGUUGGCUGUCGACGAAAUGGAUCAAUCAAGUCGACAAGAAUGGAAACUAAGUAGUGGCUUUCUAGUAGCUUUUAAAGAUCCAUUACGACAACAAAGUGAAAUCAGCCGUCGAGGACGAAAUGUAUUCGAUGGAGCAUUUAUUUUUCAUUGGCAUGCAUCGAGCACACCUAAAAUAUUCGAACCAGGAUCGUAUCUUCAUCAAUGGAGUGAAUUUUUGAACAGUGAAUUUUUUGAUAAAUAA